AUAUUUAACUGAUUUAACUGUCAUCUGCUGUCAUCCAUCUGUCAUCUACACGUGUGUUUACCAUAACAUAGGUUAAUAGUUAAUUAUAAAAAAAUAUCUAGAACAUAGCUUAAAAUAUGGGCAAAGUAAAGCAAAAAUCAAAUCCUCCUCAGAAAAAUGUACCUUUAGAACAAGAUAUUCAAAAUACAAAAUUUGCUAAAAGUAAAAAUAGAAAUAAAAUACGUCUUAGAAAAGAUGAAGAAGAACAAUAUGUGGAUGCAAAUUUAUCCAGGAAAAUUCUAUCAGCUGCUCGUUCCCAGCAAAGAGAACUAGAAGAAAACACACCCCAGCAGUCAAAAAAUAAAUUUGUAAGCUUAGAUGCCAUGGAUUCAGACGAAUCUGAUGAAGCAGAAGAUGACACUGUUGACGAUGCAUAUUACGAAAAUAUUGAAAUUAAUGAAGAUGAUGAAAAAGCAAUCGAUAUGUUCAUGAGCAAAAAUCCUUUGCCACGUAGAACUCUUGCUGACAUUAUUAUGGAAAAAAUUACUGAAAAACAAACUGAAUUAGACACUCACUUCAGUGAUGCUGGUUCAAUGCAGGUUCAAGAUCUGGAUGUGAAAGUUAAACAGAUGUAUGAAGGUGUCAGGGAUGUUCUCAGAAAAUAUAGAAGUGGAAAACUACCAAAAGCAUUUAAGAUAAUACCCAAAUUGAAAAAUUGGGAGCAAAUAUUGUACAUUACAGACCCACCAACGUGGUCAGCAGCUGCAAUGUACCAAGCUACUAGAAUUUUUGCAUCAAAUUUGAAAGAAAAUAUGGCUCAGAGGUUUUACAACCUAGUUCUCCUACCAAGGAUAAGGGAUGAUUUAAUGGAAUAUAAAAGAUUGAACUUUCACCUAUACCAAGCACUACGAAAGUCUUUGUUCAAACCAGGAGCUUUUAUGAAAGGUAUUUUGUUGCCUUUAUUGGAAAGUGGUAACUGCACCUUAAGAGAAGCCAUAAUAAUAGGGUCUGUGGUUGCUAAAAAUUCUAUACCGAUACUUCAUUCAUCUGCAGCCCUUCUAAAAAUUGCUGAAAUGGAUUAUACUGGAGCCAACUCUAUAUUUUUAAGAAUAUUCUUAGAUAAAAAAUAUGCUCUGCCUUAUAGAGUAGUAGAUGCUUGUGUGUUUCACUUUGUAAGAUUCCAAACGGACUCUAGAGAACUACCAGUGCUGUGGCAUCAAGCUCUUUUAACAUUUGUUCAGAGGUACAAAGCUGAUAUAUCAUCAGAGCAAAAAGAAGCUUUAUUGGAGUUAUUAAAGAAGCAAAAUCACCAUACUCUUACUCCUGAAAUUAGAAGAGAGUUGCAGCAUGCCAAGUGUAGAGACUUAGAAGAUGUUAUGCCCACAAUGGAGUUUGAUUAAAUAUUAAAUAAGUAGUUGUUAACAAUUAUGUUUUGAAGUUGAAUUUUAUUUGUAAAAUUAAAUAUUAUAGGCUUAUGCAUAAUUAUUUCGAAAUAAAAAUACAAAAAGA